ACAGCAGUAAGCGGCUCCCCACCCGGCGCGCGCGCGCCCCUCCUCCCCCCUCUAGUCCGCUCCCUCCUCAUCGGUACAGUACAACUCGUACGCGCGCGCGCGCGCGAGCGCGCGCGGACCCUGCCACUGCCACUGCAGCUACCAUGGAUAUCAGCUAACAACACACACUCAGGCGCGCGCGCGCUCCCACUCGCACCACGCAGGAGUGGCCCCCGGCAUCCCUACCCUCCUUCCCCACCCCCACUCCACCCGCUCACCAGCUCGGCUACUGCUCGCUCAGGCUGCCGCUGCCGCCGCCGCCGCCGCCACCACCACAGCUCUCCUCUGCUGCGGGGCCACAGCCUUGAGUGUCAUUCAAGGGACAGCACAACCUCACCCAAGCUCUCCUACCUCUGCCCAGCCGUCCCUGUCAUCCUACCCCUUCCUCGACCACACUCCAUCCAAAGAAGAGGGAAAGCACCGAACAGAGAGGGGAGGAAGGCAAAGUCUGCUCUUCUCACCUCUUGGCCCCCUGGCUCCUUCAGCCUCAUUCUCUCAGCACCAACUCCCCUACCCCAAAGGAAUCCCUCAGGAGCUGAGGCGACUCACCCCACUGCCAUGUCCAAAAGCUUGAAAAAGAAAAGCCACUGGACUAGCAAAGUCCAUGAGAGUGUCAUUGGCAGGAACCCGGAGGGUCAGCUGGGCUUUGAACUGAAGGGGGGCGCCGAGAAUGGACAGUUCCCCUACCUGGGAGAGGUGAAGCCGGGCAAGGUGGCCUAUGAGAGCGGAAGCAAGUUGGUGUCUGAGGAACUGCUUUUGGAAGUCAACGAGACCCCCGUGGCGGGGCUCACCAUCAGGGACGUGCUGGCCGUGAUCAAACACUGCAAGGACCCCCUCCGGCUCAAGUGUGUCAAACAAGGAGGAAUUGUUGAUAAGGAUCUUCGUCACUACCUCAACUUACGAUUUCAGAAGGGUUCUGUGGACCAUGAACUUCAGCAAAUCAUUCGUGACAACCUCUACCUCCGCACAGUGCCAUGCACCACAAGGCCACAUAAGGAGGGUGAGGUCCCUGGAGUGGACUAUAUUUUCAUCACUGUUGAAGAUUUUAUGGAAUUGGAGAAAAGUGGUGCUCUCCUAGAAAGUGGGACUUAUGAAGACAAUUACUACGGUACCCCAAAGCCUCCAGCAGAACCAGCACCAUUAUUAUUAAAUGUAACAGACCAGUUACUUCCUGGAGCCACUCCAAGUGCUGAAGGAAAACGAAAGAGGAAUAAAUCAGUGAGCAACAUGGAGAAAGCAAGCAUAGAGCCUCCUGAGGAGGAAGAGGAAGAGAGGCCUGUGGUCAAUGGAAAUGGAGUAGUGGUAACACCAGAAUCCAGUGAACCUGAAGAUAAGAGUGCAGGUGCCUCAGGGGAGACACCCUCCCAGCCUUAUCCUGCACCAGGGUAUAGUCAGCCCGAGGAGCUGAAGGAGCAGAUGGAUGAUGCGAAACCAACUAAACCUGAGGAGAAUGAGGAAUCGGACCCAUUGCCUGAUAACUGGGAAAUGGCUUAUACAGAGAAGGGUGAAGUCUACUUCAUUGACCAUAACACAAAGACAACAUCAUGGCUGGAUCCACGACUUGCGAAAAAGGCUAAACCCCCAGAAGAGUGCAAAGAAAAUGAGCUUCCAUAUGGCUGGGAAAAAAUCGAUGAUCCCAUUUAUGGCACUUAUUAUGUUGACCACAUAAAUAGAAGAACACAGUUUGAAAACCCUGUCCUGGAAGCAAAAAGGAAGCUACAGCAGCAUAACAUGCCCCACACAGAACUUGGAGCAAAGCCCCUGCAGGCCCCAGGUUUCCGAGUAGACAGCUCCUCAUCGACAGUACCUAGGCCCAAACCCGCCCGCCCCCUCGCCGCCCGGGAGCGGUCCCGCAGCGUGAGUGACCUGCCUUACUACGGGAGCCCCGUCCCCGGGAGGCCCUGGCGCAUCGUAGAAAAGCCGCUCUUUACCCGGGAUGCCUCCCAGUUGAAGGGAACGUUUCUCAGCACCACACUCAAAAAGAGCAACAUGGGGUUUGGAUUUACCAUCAUUGGUGGAGACGAGCCUGAUGAGUUUCUGCAGGUGAAAAGUGUGAUUCCCGACGGGCCUGCAGCACAAGAUGGGAAAAUGGAAACAGGUGAUGUCAUUGUCUAUAUUAACGAAGUUUGUGUCCUUGGACACACUCAUGCAGAUGUAGUCAAACUUUUCCAGUCUGUUCCUAUUGGUCAGAGUGUCAACUUGGUAUUGUGUCGUGGCUACCCUUUGCCCUUUGAUCCUGAAGAUCCUGCUAACAGCAUGGUGCCACCCCUUGCAAUAAUGGAGAGGCCACCUCCAGUGAUGGUCAAUGGAAGACAUAACUAUGAAACAUAUUUGGAAUACAUUUCUCGGACCUCACAGUCAGUUCCGGAUAUAACAGAUCGGCCGCCUCAUACUUUGCACUCAAUGCCAGCUGAUGGUCAGCUAGAUGGCACGUAUCCACCACCUGUCCAUGACGACAAUGUAUCUAUGGCUUCAUCUGGGGCCACCCAAGCUGAACUUAUGACCUUAACCAUUGUGAAAGGUGCCCAGGGCUUUGGCUUCACCAUUGCAGACAGUCCUACAGGACAGCGGGUGAAACAAAUACUUGACAUUCAGGGAUGCCCUGGCCUGUGUGAAGGCGACCUCAUUAUUGAGAUCAACCAGCAGAAUGUACAGAACCUGAGCCAUACGGAAGUAGUGGAUAUACUUAAGGACUGUCCCAUUGGAAGCGAGACUUCUUUGAUUAUUCAUCGAGGAGGUUUCUUUUCUCCAUGGAAAACCCCAAAGCCUAUAAUGGACCGAUGGGAGAACCAAGGCAGUCCUCAAACGAGUUUAUCUGCUCCGGCCAUACCACAGAACCUGCCCUUCCCUCCCGCCCUUCACAGGAGUUCCUUUCCUGAUUCAACAGAGGCCUUUGACCCAAGGAAGCCUGACCCAUAUGAGCUCUACGAGAAAUCGAGAGCCAUUUAUGAAAGUAGGCAACAAGUGCCACCAAGGACCAGUUUUCGAAUGGAUUCUUCUGGUCCAGAUUAUAAGGAGCUGGAUGUUCACCUUCGCAGGAUGGAGUCUGGAUUUGGCUUUAGAAUCCUCGGGGGAGAUGAGCCUGGACAGCCUAUUUUGAUCGGAGCUGUCAUCGCCAUGGGCUCAGCUGACAGAGAUGGCCGCCUACACCCAGGAGAUGAGCUCGUCUAUGUGGAUGGAAUUCCAGUGGCUGGAAAGACCCACCGCUAUGUCAUUGACCUCAUGCACCAUGCAGCCCGGAAUGGGCAGGUCAACCUCACUGUGAGAAGAAAGGUGCUAUGUGGAGGGGAGCCCUGCCCAGAGAAUGGGAGGAGUCCAGGCUCCGUGUCGACCCACCACAGUUCUCCUCGCAGUGACUACGCAACCUACACCAACACCUAUAGCAACAGCAACCACGCCGUCCCCACCAGCAACGCCUCUCCCCCCGAAGGCUUCGCCUCCCACAGCCUGCAGACCAGCGACGUGGUUAUUCACCGCAAAGAGAACGAGGGUUUCGGCUUUGUCAUCAUCAGCUCCCUGAACAGGCCAGAGUCUGGAUCCACUAUAACUGUGCCACAUAAAAUCGGACGCAUCAUUGAUGGGAGUCCAGCAGAUCGCUGUGCAAAGCUAAAAGUGGGAGACCGGAUCCUAGCAGUGAACGGCCAGUCUAUCAUCAACAUGCCUCAUGCAGACAUCGUGAAGCUCAUCAAGGAUGCGGGUCUUAGUGUCACCCUUCGCAUCAUUCCUCAGGAGGAACUCAACAGCCCUGCUUCAGCACCCGGCUCAGAAAAGCAGAGCCCCAUGGCCCAGCAGCACAGCCCCCUGGCCCAGCAGAGUCCUCUGGCCCAGCCCAGCCCGGCCACCCCCAACAGUCCCAUCGCCCAGCCAGCUCCGCCUCAGCCACUUCAGCCUCAAGGACAUGAAAAUAGUUACAGGUCAGAAGUAAAAGCGAGGCAAGAUGUGAAACCAGACAUCCGGCAGCCUCCAUUCACGGACUACAGGCAGCCUCCACUGGACUACAGGCAGCCCCCAGGAGGGGACUACCCGCAGCCCCCACCCGUGGACUACAGGCAGCCUCCGCUCCUGGACUACAGGCAGCACUCCCCAGACACCAGGCAGUUCCCGCUGUCAGACUACAGGCAGCCCCAGGAUUUUGAUUAUUUCACUGUGGACAUGGAGAAAGGAGCCAAAGGAUUUGGAUUCAGCAUUCGUGGAGGAAGGGAGUACAAAAUGGAUUUGUAUGUGCUGAGAUUAGCAGAAGAUGGGCCAGCAAUAAGGAAUGGAAGGAUGAGGGUAGGAGAUCAGAUCAUUGAAAUCAACGGGGAGAGCACAAGAGACAUGACCCACGCCAGAGCAAUAGAGCUCAUCAAAUCGGGCGGAAGAAGAGUGAGGCUGCUGCUGAAGCGCGGGACGGGACAGGUCCCAGAGUAUGACGAACCCGGCUCCUGGAGUUCUCCCGCUGCCGCCUCCCCAGGUCUGCCGGAAGUAGGCGUCUCCCUGGAGGACGUCCUCUCUCCAUUCUCUCCAUCACAUCCAACCCCACACUCCGACCCUUCCCACCAGAUAAGCCCAGACCCAACUUGGGAUAUCAAAAGGGAACACGACGUUAGGAAACCAAAGGAGCUUUCAGCCGGCAGCCAGAAGAAGCAGCGCCUUGGGGAGCAGAGCGAGCGCUCGGCCAGCCCGCAGAGGGCCAUGCAACCCGGGCUCGAGGAGGUGCCUGGCGGCCAGGGGCAGCCUGAGGCCGGCAGGCCCUCCUCGGAGACCAGGGCGCCUGGGCCCGCAGUGGCCGAAGCGGCGCGGGCCAGCAACAAGGAGGGGCUGCAGGCCACGGCGGGCUCCGAGCUCGGCCGGCACGGAGGCCCCGGCGCAGCACCUGCCUUCGUGGGCCCGGGCCGCGGCGGGGGCGCGCGGGAGGUCGAGGGCCGGGCGGGGGCGCGGGCGGGGUCCAGGCAGGGCGCGCGGCCCCCCGGCGGCGCCCCUGUGCGCAAGGCUGCCGUGGCGCCCGGGCCGUGGAAGGUGCCAGGCUCCGACAAGCUGCCGGGCGUCCUCAAACCCGGCGCCUCAGCCCCGGGGAGAUGAGCCCGCCGCCCCGCCUCAAUACCUGCAGGCCGUUCUUCUUAGGUUCCGUCUCUCGGCGUUUUAAUUUAUUUCCACUGUCACAUGCAUAAAUCCACGAGGCACCAAGGCUUGGGAGCACCGACGUGAAGCCCCACGUGUCCAACAAGCAUGGUCCGGACGGUGUCCGCAGUGCAGACCUAAACUGAUCCUAAAGCCCCCUGUUACACAGUGGGGGCUUUGGCAGCUACGGAAGAACCAAAAUAACAUGAAGAACAUCACAGAGAGUGCAGUGUAGCUUUAGUAAAAGAAAAAAAAAGAAAAGAAAAAAAAUUUCCCCCACUGCAUGAAGGAUUUGGAUGUCAUCCAAACUUUGUUUCAAGAAACUGGACAAGUUAAGAGCAAUCACAAACUGGAAUAUCGCCUUAAAAAUCAAACUGCACGGAGCAAGCUGAAACUGAGACAAGAUUAUAUCUUUUAAUUGAUCUGAAGAGUUGUAAAUAAAUUGUUCUUGACAUAUCUAGACAGGGGUUAAAAGGUUUCUUUGAAACAUUCAGAACUGUUCGCCCAUGACCUGUUUCCACGGCUCACUCGUGGCACCCGUCACCAGUCUUAGAAGCAGUGUUCCCUGCACACUUGCAGGGUGAGUUAGAAACCUAGUGAAUUCACUGGUGUGAUGCCAUUUGUACUGCCAUUUCUGUAAUCACGUUUCUGUACAUUUCAGUGGUAGAAAAAAAGGUUUUAAAAAUUGUAUUCUAGGGAACAGUUUGCCAUAAGUCAGAAUUUUGCAGUUUAGCUCAUAGAUCUUAAUCAGUUUUCAUCUACAAUACAAACUUUAUAAAUUGAAGGACCACAAUUUGUUAAAUUGAGAUUGGCAUUGUUGCAGUUCCUUUAUGAGAAGGCUUUCCUCUCCUCUCAGGCUCAGAGACAGAAGUUUCCUUGACAGCAGUGUUAUAUUUCACUCAUUUUGUUGUCUUUUUAAGAACCCUCUUUCCAUUACAUUUUCACCUUGACAGAACAAAGUAUUCCUCCUACAUUUCUCAGAUUACAGUGAAUCUCUAAUAUUAAAAAAUCAUUAUUAUAGCCCAUUUAUUUUCAUUAAAGAAUACAGAUCUUUUUAGCAUUCUUUUCUGCUUAUCUUAUUAUUUCUCCUUUUAUUUCUAUUGGGUUUGCUUUUUUGUCUAGAUGUUUAUUUUCCUUGUCCAUGGUUGAUAACCUAGGAAAAUUCCAAGGCUUGCCUAUCUUCUCUGCCAUUUUAAUUUUUACCUUCACUUAAUUAUCCAUGCAUUCUUAUUUGUAGCUACACAUACUAAAAGGCAAAUGUUUCAGAGGGCAGUUUCUCUUUAAUGUGACCUGAUAUAAUAAGGCUUCCCAUACUCUGCCCCUCACAGGAGUUCACAUGUAAAUAAGCCUUACCUCCCCAACCUGAAGUCAGAACGUCAAACAGGGCGAUCAGGUCCACCACAAGAGGGCACAUGUAAACCGCUUCCUUGGGUUGCCUCUUCCCUCUCUCUGUAAGUGCAGUAUCCUGAGCACCAGCUGUUUAAUUCCCAUCAGGCAGAGGUAUAGUUUAGUUGUUUGACAAGAGGACAAUAGAGUUGAAAGCCUCAAGUGAAGAGUCUUGCAGCCUGUAAAAGCAAUUUCCAAAAAAUGAAACUUAGUCAUUAUAAACUAAAGCACAAACACACGUAGUAGUUUACAGUACUUCUGGCUUUAUCUCAAUUAGUCUUUCUCCCUGGACUAGAAAUCCAGUCUAUUUUGCCAUUAAGUUAUUGAACCUGGUUUUGGACAAUGCUUCUGUAGUGUAGCUGCACGUCCGGGUACUGUAUCCCCUGCCCUUUACUUUCCAUGUGUUACAGGAGGACAGAACCCUGAGGUUACGCUCGCGUAGGCUCUCCUUUGCACAGCUCACAGCCACUGCUUGUGCAGUAACCGCUGUAUGCGGCUGUAAUCCAUAACCUGUGAGGACAGCACAUCAGCUAAACCCCGUUCCAGAUAAUCUCUCUGUGUAGUGUUAGCGGUGAAUUUACCCUGUACAGUGUAUCUCUAUAAAUAUAAUUACAUGUAUUAAUAGUCACAGAAAGACUGUAAGUGAGCAACUAUUUUUAUGAAACGCACCACUAUGGAUAAAUUAACUUUUACAGAAAUCUUGUUUACUGUAUGAUAUUCUAAAACACUGUCAAAUAAAAUAUAUAUCCAAAAA